AUGGACCCCCGAGGUUAUUUGAAGAGUUACGGGUGGAUUGAGGGGGAAGCGUUGCAACGUGGAGGCCUGAAGAGGCCUAUAUUGGUUAGUCAUAAGAAGAAUGUGUUUGGAAUAGGACACACAAGUAAUCAGGCCGAGGCAUGGUGGGAAAAGAUGUUUGAUGGACAGCUUAAAUCGCUUGAUGUGACGAGCAAGAACGGUGCUGUCAGCUUUGUUCAAGAUGAGAAGUCUUUCAAGGAAUUUGCCAAAAGUCAGUCGCCGCUGUACAAGAUGUUUGUGAAAGGAGGUGUACUGCAAGGAACGAUUAAAAAGGAGCCAGAAAUAGAUAGACCAGGGCACGAACAAUUAAUGAUCUUCGAUCUAGACGAUUCGAAGAAGAAGGGAAAGAAACGCAAAAAAGACAGAAAGCAAGGAAAGCAUAAAGAGAAGAAACGGAGGCGUAAAUCUAAAAGGAAGGAUAGAGUGAAAGAGGGUAAGAUAAAAAAAACGUACGAGUCCAAGACGUAA